AUGACUCAUAGCACGGCAACUCGAGAGGUGGACGACAAUGAUAUGUCACGCAACGAUACUGGCAACGACCACAGCGCAUUGCGUCGCGUGCCCGAUCGGAUUCCCUGGGUUGUUCUUCUAAUUCUUAUCGUCGAGCUGGGCGAACGCUUCACAUACUUUGGCCUGAGUGCCCCGAUACAGAACUACAUCAAGAAUCCGCAUGACCCUGAAUCCGAUCUACCGGGAGCGUUAGGCAAAGGCCAAGCCGUAGCAACAGCAUUGGGCAACUUCUUCAAGUUCUGGGCCUAUGCUUCGACAGUGAUUGGAGCCAUUAUUGCAGACCAAUACCUUGGCAGAUUCAAGACCAUUGUAGCAGCAUGUGGUGUCUAUAUCAUCGGCCUCGUGAUCUUAGUCACGACCUCUACUCCAGCAGGCAUCGAGUCGGGUGCAGGGUUCGGCGGUUUGAUCGCUGCUAUGGUUGUCAUCGGCUUGGGCACUGGAAGCAUCAAGGCCAACGUUACACCAAUGUGUGCUGAGCAGUACCGACCAGAGGUUGCUUACACCAAGAAGCUCAAGUCAGGAGAGUGGGUUGUUGUUGACCCAGAACUGACAGUGGAGCGCAUGUUCAACUGGUUCUACUGGGCCGUCAAUGUGGGCGCACUGUCACCAUUGAUUACCGUCAAUGUCGAAGCACAUGUCUCCUUCUGGGCUGCGUAUCUGAUACCUCUGGUAGUCAUCGUGGUGGCUGCAACUGUGUUCAUCUUGAGUAACCGACGAUUCGUCAAGACUCCACCUCACGGGUCAGCCGUCAUCGACGCUGUCCGUAUCGUGACCAUUGCAGUGAAAGANGGGGGAUUUGAGAAAGCAAAGCCAAGUGCUCUACAGGCGCAAGGAACGAUCGAUCGUCAUGCCUUUGCUCAAUCGCCAAACUACACAGACAAGUCUGUCAAAGAUGUACAGUCUGGCAUCACCGCCUGCAAGGUCUGUCUCACGCUUUUGCUCCUGAUCGUAGUUUUGGAACAGCUGACCUGUAGUAGNUUCUUCCUGUUUCUACCUCUAUACUUCGUCUGCUGGAUCCAGAUUUGGAAUAAUCUCAUCUCGCAAGCUGGUACUAUGGCGCUUCACGGAACUCCGAAUGAUCUUCUCCAGAACCUCGAUCCAAUCGCCUUGAUCAUCUUCAUCCCUCUACUUGACUUCGUGAUAUACCCAGUGCUUCGCAAAUACAAGAUCAACUUCAGUCCCGUUCUGAAGAUGACAGCUGGCUUCAUGAUGGCGUCGUUCUCGAUGGUGUACGCAGCCGUCCUGCAGCACUACAUCUACAUCUCUCCUCCCAACAGCAUCCACGUGUGGAUCCAAGCUCCUGCUUAUGUAUUAGUUGCUUUCUCCGAGGCUUUCGUUAUCAUCACAGGUCUGGAGUUGGCGUACACAAAGGCACCCACGAGUCUGCGUUCUCUGGUUUCGGCCUUGUUUUGGCUCACAAUCGGAAUCGCAGCUGCCAUCUGCAUCGCUCUUGCACCCGUCUCCCAAGAUCCUUAUCUCGUUUGGAUGUAUGCUUCUCUUGGAAUCGUUGGUUUCGUUGCCGGAUGCGGGCUUUAUAUCUGCUUCCGAAACUCUUUUGAUGAUGUCCCAGUCAUUGCAGGUCAAGAGGCAGGGAACAUGGAGCUCGAUGUGACAGGUGUAGCGGAGCAUGGAGGCAAGCUUGCGAUCGAGGAACAGAGAUGGCGCAAGUGA